AUGAAUACAUUAGAAUGCCCUCAUGGUUGUGGUAGAACUUUUGAUGAUAACAAAAAAAUGGAUGAUCAUAUAAAAAGAAGACAUUUUCUAUAAUAGAGAGUAUAUCCUAGUUUAUAUGAAAAUACAAAUGUAAAUAUGAUGCAAAAAAAAGUAAAUGUAAUAAGACAAAAAUUACCUUAAUUACAUGAUAAUCAUUUGCAAACUUAAUAAUCAUCUACCAUAACAUAAUAAUAAAUUUCAGAAUCUAUUAUAUAAUAAUUACCCCCAAAACCUAUUUCGAAAAUAUAAUUACAAUUCAAAAAAAAUUAGAUUCUUCGUCCAAAUUCAAGCAAUAGAAAAUUAGAGGAUAUAUAAAAAAUUGGUGAUUAAAAAAAUAAGGAUUAUAAUGAUAAUAAAGAGAUUUAAAAGAAUGAAAAAAUCAUUGAACCCUCUCCAGUUAUAUCAGCAUAGGAUUUAGUGGAAGCAAGAAAAAUUAUAACUAAAUAAUUUAUUUGUACUAAUAGUGAUGGUUCUGAUUUAGAAUCAGUAACACAUUUAUCUCUUAUUGACAAAAAUCUCUUGAUUUUUGAAAGCACUACAGAUGUCCAAUUUUAAGAAUUAAUGUAAUCCUAUAUUAAAUUAGUAGUGCCUUAAAGAGUCUCUCAUUAUCAUAAAACAAAUUGAUAAAUGUAAUAGGAAUUAGUGUAUUACACAAUAUUGUAGAUUUGAAUAUUAACAACAAUAAAAUAACAACUCUCUAACCUUUAGGAGAAUGUAAAAGACUCUAAAAAUUGUAUGCCAAUCAUAAUCUAAUCAAUACUAUAGAUAUUGGAUUAAUGAUUCAUUUAAAAAUAUUUUAAAUUGGAAAUAACUAAAUUACUGAUUUUGAACAUUUGGUUUAAAGCAUUAAAUUAAUGCCUAGUCUUAAAGACCUAGUCAUUGAAUAUAACCCUUGUACAUAAAAAUAUGCUUACAAAUAUGAUAUAUUAUGGACAGUAUUUUUAGAUAAGUUGGAUAAUCAGAUUAUUACUUAAUAAGAUUACAAUUUGGCCUAAGCUUUCAAAGACAGCAAAUAAGAAUCUAAAUUAUCAUAGAGUAUGAAUUUUUAAAAGGGUCUUAGACCAUAAACAGCUUCAACAAUGAAUAAUAAUACAUUUUAAUAGGAUAUAUAAAAUGAUAAUUCACAAUCUAAUAUAAUGUUGGAAUAGUUAAAUUAUGAAUUGGAAGAAGAAAUAGAAGAAUUAUAUGAGAUAAAUUCUAAUAAUAGAGAGAAAAUAGAUAAAUUAGAGAUGCAAAAUGUUGAAUAUAGACUUAUUGCUGAUAGAGUUCCAUUUUUAGAAGAAUAAUUACAAGAUAUGAGAUCAAAGAUAAGUGCUUAUUAAACUUUGAUAAUAUUCAAAGAUUCACCUGAUCAUGAAUUAAGGAAACACAUAUUUGCUUUAACUUAAGAAUUGGAAAGAUUAAAAAGUAAUAAUAAUACUGUUGAAAAUUAUGAAGAAGAAAAUUAAACUAAAUUUAAUAUGAAUUAAUCAAAAUUCUAGAAUACAGAAACAACAUUUAUAUAAUAAUUAUCUUAAGCAGAAAGUGAUAAUGAAAAUAAGGAGGAGGAUGAAGAUGAUGAUGAUAAAUAUUUGUAAUAUAUUGAAUUUAUUAAUUUAGCCGAGAUGAUGAAAAUAUUUCAUAAAUUCCAGGAUAAGAAAUAAUGGAAUUGAUUAUGAGAAAUUCAAUGACUUUAAGCAAACUAAAAAAUGAAUUCAAAGAUAUCAAUUGA